AUGUUUUUUUCUCGGCGCCCGGUCGAAAUGUUGAACGGAAUUGGGUUUUUAAAAGGCUCCAAAACGGGAGGUUUAAUCGUGUACGAGGCUGACCCCACGGAAUCCCUGUUUAACCCAAUGGACGGCGGUGCUGGCGGUGGUGGCGAAGGCGGCGGAUUGUCGGUGGACUUCUACAACAAGCGGCAAUUUGUGAAGGUGAACGAGGCCGUGUUCGUGGAGGAGGUGAAGAAACGGCCGAUCCUGUACGAUACCGGAAUGCGGCAAAGCAAGCGCAUCAAACCGCGGACCGAGGCCUGGCGUGAAGUGUCCCAGGCCGUAAACCUUUCGGUCCAGGAGUGCCGGAAGCGGUGGCGCAGCAUGCGAGACGCUUUCAUGAAGCAGGUGCGAACGAAGAGCGAGGAAGAACGCAAAUGCUGGGUCCACUAUCGGUUGCUGGAGUUUCUGCUGCCCUACAUCGCCCAGAGACAAAUGGCCAAUAUGAUUAGCAGUGAGGAGUACGAACAUGAUUACGACUUUGUUGAGCUGGACAGCGACAACGAGCUGUACGAUGGUGAACCGAUGACGGUCUCGUACGUGACCGAGGAUGGUGACGAGGUGUUUAAGGUCCUGCACACGCCCAGCAUGCCACCGCUCCCCGAUACCGCGCUUAUCAACGUGGAAGAUACCGAUUUUACUGAUGGAGGCGAGGAGACCUGCUUGAACGAAGCGAUGCUCGGCACCGCACUUAUCCCUCAAGAAGUGAUUAUACAGGAAAAUCAGCUAACAUCGCUAAUCAACCAUCAAAGCCUACGAACCGAUCAGUAUGGCCAUUGUGCGCCCGUCUCUGGACACAGUCUUAUCGUUAUGAGCGAAGAAGAGGUAGAAUCGAUCGAGGGGGAUGUGAGGGAUGAGGAAGAUGAGGAUGAAAUCGAAGAGAUGGAGGAUUCUCACAGUCUGAAGGAACCACAACAACCACAACAGACCGAAUCGAGGAAGGGAAAGGAUGGUGAGGUCACUUCUUUCCUGUACGAAGAGCAUCUCGAUUCCGCGUUGCUGGCAAGCGAACAGUCAACAACCAAUCCCAAGGAUCAAUGCGUUGCACUACUAUCCGAAGAAACGUUGGUGUAUAAUGGAGACGGUCACGAGACGGAACUAGAACCAGACCAGUACCAGUCCCCACCGACUACCACGAAGCGAUGCAUAUCGGCGGGGAUGGAGGAACAGUCUCAUGCCAAGCGACAGUGUGAUCGGAACACGCUGCCAGGCUUUCGGAUAGAGGAAGAAGAGGCGGCUUUAACCGUCAGUUCGCACGUCGCACCGGUUACGCCACGACCCAGCGAGCCAACGAAGGAAUCGGAUGCCCGGCUCGGCAUCACGGACUCGGACGAACGGUUUCUGCUCUCCUGUGCCCCGAUUCUGCAGCAGCUUCCGGCGAAAAAGAAUCAUCUCGCACGCCUCAAGAUACAGCAGCUGCUGUAUGAGCUUCAGUACGAUGAAAAGUAUAAUUGUGAGGUCAGCAAUUGAUGAGGAUUACUAUUGUUUUAAUCGAUCUUUUUAAAUGAUGCUUUUCGAUGGUUCGUUAUGAACGUAUCUUAUGUUGUAGGUUUACAAUAAAUUUUUACGAAAAUCAUAU